AUGUUCAUCAUCAGCUGGAAUGUUGCGGGGUGGUCCUCCACGUCAAAGAUGAUACGUGAAGAUUUUGGUAGCAUUGCGGCCUUCCUGCAGCGCACGCAGGCGGACAUUGUGUGCCUGCAGGAAGUAAAGGGGUCAUGGGCGAAGUUGGACGCCGACCCGCGCGGCAUGGGCGCCAGCGAUGGUGGCCCGUUGGCAGUUGACGGGUGGGAGUCCUUCUGGUCCUUCAGCAGCAAGGCACAUCGUGGCUUUAACGGUGUGGCGACAUUUGUGCGAAAGGGCCUCACAUGGUGGUGCGACUCGCGGCCGCUCCGAGAUGAGGAGCUUAACGAUGAAGGUCGCGUGGUUGUCACGUGUCACAGCCCAUUUGUACUUGUCAACACGUACGUUGUCAACGCCCGCCGUGGGUUGCGGUUGGAAUUCAAGAUGCGCUUUCUCGCAGGACUCAAGGAACUCUUGCUCCGCCUGAAACAGGAGACCGGAAAGCCUGUCAUUUUGCUUGGCGACUUGAAUCAAACGUACCGUGCUGAGGACGCAUGGUGGUCGCUGCGGCGACUAAGUAUGCCCGCCGUGCUACAGCUUGUUCACCGUGCACAGCAGGAAGAGGAGUGGACGCAGAGCUUUCCGUGGCUUUCUGCCGCUGCUGUGCGGCAUCUUGGGGUAUUCAUUGCGGAACAGGUGUCCCUGAUUAUUGCUACCGAAGCAGAAGAUAACCAUGAGGGUAGUGGCUUCAAAAGCAUUAGCGUCGACAGUGCCUUCUUCGACUGCAGUAGUGAGGGUGGUGAUGUCGUCGCGAAGAACAACAGUGACGGCGAGGCGGCUAUCGUGGAGCUCACACGGCGUUUAUGUGAGCGUACGAAGCUGCUGAAGGAUGGGACUGGGACGCUGGCAACUCUGGAGGAGCUGUGUGAGGCCGGUGUUCGCAGCGUUUUUGUUGAACCGCUGAUGCGCUCCCAACCCCCCGCACACAACCGUGAAUUGUUCGCACUAACACGGAUGUGUGGUUUGCCACCGCACAAUGAGGAGAGUGCGCAGUUCUUUGUGAAGGAAUUGCUCACGGAAUUGCAUCUCCACGAUGCCUUUCUGCUGCGGCGUCCUGUUGCAGGGGAAGACGGUGAUGAGAUGUCUGCUGUUGUGUGCCCGUGCCCGUACACAUGCUGGGAUCAGUCGAGGAAUAAGCGGCUGACGAAUGAAGGUACCCGAAUCGAUUACAUCCUGAUCGAUGAGACCCUCGUACCUGCGCUGGUGCCGUGCCGCAGAACGGCGAACAAUGUCGGUGUUUCUGCUGUUGGUGCCACAUCGGAUCAUGAUUAUACUGAUGGUGAUGCUGGCUGUAUGCAUCAGUCGUAUUUCGACGACUAUGAUGGCCGCUCAGUGUCAGUUGGUGCACGUCGUGCGAUGGGGGACGGAGCGUACCCGGCAGCACCGUUUGACGGCUCCGGUCUGCCGCCGCUGAGCGUCGCGGCGAGGGACGUGCAGUUUCGUGNGGCAGCACCGUUUGACGGCUCCGGUCUGCCGCCGCUGAGCGUCGCGGCGAGGGACGUGCAGUUUCGUGGGUUGCCGUCCACCGGUAUGUUCGUCACACCGCCACAGUAUAGCGACCACUGCGGCAUCUGCGCCUACUUCGACGGCCUCAUUCUGGAGCCACGGCGGGGGAAAUUGGAGGAGCGGCACCGCUGCCAAUAUCGCCCGCCUGUGAGCCUGGAUGCAUUCUUCGCAAAGCGUACGCGGGACAAUGCAGCAACAACAACAGCGGCGAUUAGGACAGAAGCGCCAAAAAAAGAGAAAAUUUCUCAGGCGCGGCGUCUAGAGGUGAAGCCACAAGAAGCAGUGGUUGUGAUUGAUGAUAAUGAUGAUGAUUGCAACAGCUGCUGA